AUGAGCUGCGCCUCCCCCCUUCUCGCCCGCCCGGCCCUCGUGCAGGCGCUGGGCUGCACAGCUGCUGCAGUGGCUGGGCGUGGCGGCCUGGCAUGUGGUGCUGGUGGCACGGGCUCCACGGGCUUGGCUGAAGGGCCCCGCCGAACCCGUAGCUGCCUAUGCUCCACCCGGCUGCUGCGUGGGCUCUUCCUCGACGGAGGUGGCGGCGGCGGCGGCUCAGCUCGGGCCUGCGACAUUUACAUGUAUCACUUAACUCAGAUGGCGGAAUUCCGACCGACCCUUUGGCCAAACGGUAUAUUCUUCACCAAGUUGGAUGGAUAUAAAUGGAAUGCAGGCACAAGUCAAUUUGGCAAGCAGUCAUUAGGGAGUCCUAACCAGGCUGUUGGCAACAAAAAGAGCAGCACAAGCUCUUUUGAACUUCAGCUUGAGGCAUCCAGAAAUGCCAGUGAGGUCAAAAAACUUCUUUUAGAUGGAACUCCAUCUACCUUGGUCAGCAUAAUUGGAUACAAGCAGUACCGACGCAGCGCAAGGGACAUGUACUACUUCCUCCAAUCCAACGUCUGCAUCAAGCAGCUCGCGUAUGCAAUGCUAGAGCAGGUCCUCGUGACAGUCUUCCCAGAACUUCGGCAGCUAAUAGACGACAUACAUGAGAAGGGGCGCAAAGACCAAGCCUCAUUCACAUACCAACUCUGA